AUGGAGACAAAACGCAUCGCCAAUCUGGUGGCCAUAUUGAUCAGCUUCCUGUUCGUGGGUUUCAUAACCUCGCAAAAGGACGAAAAUACGUUCGGGAUCUUUCGCGAAAAGUCGUACUACUUUGGCAACACGUUCAAGCUGAACUGGUUCAAGGCGGCAGAAUAUUGCCGCACGCGAGGUAUGUACCUGGUGUCGGUCAACAACGACGAGCAGCUGAGUAGCGUGGUGGAGCACAUCGAGAAGAGCGGGUUCACGAAAACGCACGGUAUCCUGCACAUGUGGACGUCCGCGAACGAUCUCGGCGAGGAGGGCCAAUUUCACUGGGCAUCGACCGGUGAACGGAUGACGUACGAUCGGUGGACGAAAAAUGAGCCCAACAACGCGGUGCACGAUAACUGUACGACCGAGAAUUGUGUCGUGCUAGAGUACUACUUGCCGUGGUCCAUCAACUACACGUUCGAUGAUAGGCCGUGUGGUACGGAAAACUUCUUCCUGUGUGAAUCCUUGUACGAUUAG